AUGAUACGGUCGGCAGCUAUCACUGGCUCAGCGCAAGUGGGACUACAGCGCUCCCCCUUCCCACUGCACAAUCCGGUCAAGCGUGCGAAGUCUACCUUCACCCCUUCGCAAUCACCCAAAAUCACCGCCGCCCCUUUCCUCCUGGUCCCCGAAGAUGUCGGGGAUGUGACGGACGUUGAUGAAAGCCGGUGGAAGGAGAUUAUGCUCGCAUGCUACCCCAUCUUCUUCCCCAUAUACAUUGGCGUCAUGACUAUCGGUGAUCGGCGCUUUGAGACUAUAAUGGAGGCCCAUGACGAGAAGCUUGACCUAUCGACACUCGGUGCUAUUCCCAUCGACAUCUAUACGGCUCGGCACACUCCUCGUAUCCCUCUCAUACCCCUCUCCUCCAUCGAUCCGGCUUCCACCCUUUUGCACCACAACGUUCCGUUCGUCCAAAUCGGUACCGAGGACGACCGGACAUCCUACCCCAUACCAACCGAUGCGCUCGAUCAGCUUUACACCUCCUGGAUCUCCCCAUCAUCCUCUUCCGCCGGCAGCCCUGGGAUCUCGCCGCUCGUCAAUAUUACCGAACGGCACGUCGGUCCCAUUGAUUGGAACGACGCCCGCAUACAAAGCUGGUCGGGACCAGAACGGGCUCAAAAUCAGCAAUACGCGGAGAUCACCGCCGGUUGGAGAGCGAGGUCACAGCUGGAUGCCCUGAAGGAUCGGAGAUUUUGUCCCCGCAGGCAGGGGGAUCCUCGAGAAGAGGUGAACGUCAUAUCCCUGCAGCCCCGCUGGUUUGGGCUGAAGGCGAAGAGGGAGAAACGGCAGCACAAAGACGUAUUGAAGGAUCUAGAGGAUGCGGAACGAGUGUACGCGGCGAUUAUGGCGAGAAAGACGAUGGCGGGCAGGCGGCCGGUGCCGGGAGCGAAGGGGAAGAAGUGA